GCAAAAAAUAUUGUGAAAUUUUGAGAAAAAGAUUAUUUCGAGAACUUUGAAAAAGAGGUAUAAAUCUACUUUAAUUAAGCGGAAAACAAUGUUUAAAGCAUUUGCAAACCAGCAAGUAAAAAAGAAACAAUUAAUCUCCUGAUCAAAGUGAUGGAAAAUUGAGAAAUCAUCGGAUAAAAAAUGGAAAAUUCAGAUUUGAAGAUAAAAACAAAGAGCGUAUCGCAACUAGUUAAGUCACUGGAUGAUCAUAGGAGCAAAUCAACAUCUAUAACAUCAUUAUUCAGUGAAAAUACGACAGUUUUGCGUAAGAAACUUGUAGUGUUAAUUGAAUCUAUUUUAUUGGAAGACUUUGAAAACAUUGGAAGAAAGACAAGAGACAUUUUAUGGCGUAAAGUUUAUUAUGAUCCAAUAUCAACAUCAAAGAAAUUAUGGAAGAAGAGGGAAAUUGACUUGUGUCAUUCAGAAGUCUUGUGUUUGAGCAACUUUAUUCGCGAGGGCAUAAAUCAUUAUAAAACAUUAAUCCUUAAGUUCGAAGACACAUUUAAUCUUGAUAUUCGUUACAUCAUUGAUUUUAGCAUCAUUGCGAAUGGUGCAAAUGCUUUUGAGAAGAAAUCAGAGAAGGAAAUUUAUACUGUAAAUGAGACAAAUCAUGCACUAGAAACAAUCCAUAGCUUUUUAAUAUGUCUUGGAGAUCUACAUCGUUAUUGUAUUGAAUUUAAAUUUGGCGAAAAAGACGUUUUUGCAAGCUUUGAUAAGCAGCAAGCUGCCAACUAUUAUAAUGAAGCAUUUAAAUUCAAUCCAAAGAAUGGUAUGCCACACAAUCAACUUGGAACACUUUUGGCUGGAGAGAAUUAUGAAUUAAACUCCAUCUUUCAUUAUUUAUACUCGUUGUGCUCAACAAAUCCAGUUGAAUUGAGUGAAGCAAAUGUAAGUCGUGUUUUUCAGCAGAAUAAUGAGGCUUUAGAAAAUGCCGUACCAAGCAGCGAUGGAUUUAAUAUGAAGGAUUUCAUAAUGCAAGUCACUCUUCUUAUUGACAUCUUAUUCUACGAUAAAGACAUUUCCGAUUUUAAUGCAAUUUGCUGUAGUGUAUUGAUGAGUUUUAAAGAUUAUUUAUUGAAAUGUCGUCGAAAUUCACAAGCAGAUGCCACAUUUCAACUAACAUCCAUCUUUAUGCUGUGUCUAUUUAAAUUAAAAAUGAAAAAUUCACAAAAAGUUCAUAGCUUAAAUGCUUUUUUGGUUGCAUUCUGUGCUAAAAUUGUUGAGACAGUCAUUGAGGGAAUUGAUGAGUAUAUUGCGGAUCAUAAAGCUGAAAAUUUGGUAUUUUGUGAAGCAUACAAUAGACAAUUUCAUGAAUUUGACAGACGAAUUAAGAGAGUUCGUGAUAACUUCCGUGGAAAGCUUCCAAGUAAAAAUCCAAAAGAUUCUGGAAUUGAAAAGAAUGGAAGUGGAAAUAGUCAAAAAGACGGUUCAGGAAGUAAUCAUUUGUCGCAAUUGACAUCAUCAGAAGCUUCUCAGCCUGGUCAAGUAAAAAUUGUCAAGCGUCCAUCAAUUCAAGACAGUCACAAUAAUAAUAAUCAUGCUAAUAUUCACAAUCGACGUCGCAGGAAGCGCCGUGGAACAUCCGAAACAAGUACAGAUGAAUCAGAAACAGAAUCAUUAAUUAGUGAUGACGAGGACAGCAACAGUGAUUUAGAAUCAAUGAAUAGUAACUUUGAUUCUUAUGAUGAGUAUGAUGACAUUAGGUUUUCGUCUGAACAGGAUGAUUAUGAUGAUUUGUCAGAUAAAGAAUUCAAUGAUGAUAUGCAGCAUGAAAGUGAUGGCGAAGAUAUUAUUAUAGAAAACGAGGAAAUUGUUUAUAAAAACACACAAGAUAUGGGUCAAUUGAAAUUUGACGUUAUUGAACAUCAUAAUGGAGCUAGCGAUGAUAUUGUUAUUGAGGACGAAAAGAUUGUCUUUAGAGAUGAAGAUAAUCAAAUAGAAACGGAAGUUCUUAAGCUGUUAAAAAUGAAAUAUAAGAAAAAGUACACAAAAGUUGAUCCGAAUUUAAUUUUGAAAUUUAAUGAGGAACAUGUAGGCUGGAUGCAAAGUUUAAAGAUCCUUUUUGAUUGGCUACAUCUUAAUAAUGACAUUAUGCUUGGAUGUUAUCGCAGUAAUCCUGAAUUUGUCAAUCAAAAAAUCAUGAAAUUGAUUAAUGUCCUUAACAUUGACAUUUUUACGAGAAAAAUCUUUUUUGAUCGCUCAAUGCUCAAGUAUAAAAAUGUCCGUGAAAAUUUGCGACAUCUUUUCGACACUCGACAUACAAUUGCGACUAGUGAGGAUAUCAUAUUCAAAAAGUUUCCAUUAUUCGAGGAUUUGCAGCAGCCAAUUGAUUGGAAUUUAAAUUACAAGCUUCAAUUAACAGCUGAAGAAGAUAUCGUUUUAAGGAACUUUAAGAUUGUUGAUUUUGGAUUUCAUUUGUGCAAAGUUAAGAAGUUUAAUUAUAGCUUUUGUGCUCGUUCGCGUGUUUUUAUUGAACGAAAAAAGAAAAGUCGUCGCAAGGAACGAAACAGGAAGUAUAAAGAUGAUCGUAAAGAACGACGUGGAAGAAAACGUCAAGAUCGUAGGAAUAGAAAUCGAGAUAGAGGCGAUAGGAAGCAGAGAAAUUCAGAAUGUGACCGUUUUGAACGUUUAUCAAUCAAAACUCAUUCACAAAAUAGUAACAGCCAGGAUGUUGAAGAAUAUCCAUCACUUGAAAAGUCUCAUCAAAUUAAUCGUAAAGGAUAUUUAAGGAAUAAAGUUGUUGAACCAGAAGAACUUAAGAAAUCUGAACAGGACAAGGCAGAAAUGAUGGGCAAAUUGGGAAAGUUGUGGCUUAAAAAUGAAGUUCAGACAUUGGAGUCUCGCUCAAAGCCUGUUAAUACUAACUUAACGCCCUAUUUAAUGUUGGAUACUAAAUCCCUCUCUGAAUAUUUGUAUGUCGUCAAAAAUCUUGUCAAAACCAAGAAAUUUGUUGUAUUGAUUCCUAAAGCUGUUUUGCAAGAUUUGGAUGGAAUAAAGAAGACCAAGGAAGGAGCUCGUAAUGCAAUUAAAUGGCUUGAAUCAGAAUUCCAGAAAGGAAAUCGUUUCAUGAGAACACAGCGUGAAUCAGAGUUCCUUCAGAUGCCGCUUUUGAAAGUUCCAUCAAAACUAGAACGUGAUGAUGCAGUCUUUAUGAACAUCGUCCCAUUCGUCAACUUUAUCGUUUCAAAUCACUCGGCUGAUAGUGGAAGCGACUUGCCAGUUUUGACUCUUUUGACUGGCGACAAUUUGGAUUCGGAUCGUAAAAAGUACAACGAUACACCAAGCUGCAUAAAUCGUGCCGGAAUAUUACAAUCAAUUCCAGUCAAGUAUGAUCAGAUUGUACGAUUUUAUUCGAAAUAUAAGAAGUGAAGCGGAAUGGAUCGGAUUUCAAAAUAAUGAAAAAUGGAAAAUCUAAUCUUUGGAAAUGGUGAAAAGUCAUUCUUCGUGAGACAAAAUGAAGUUUCAUAAAAAACAUGGGUGAUGACCGCGAAAAAAAAUUAAGGGAUAAAAUUUCUAUCAAAAAAUAUAAAUACCAAGUAAUGUUUGUGUAAACAGAUUCUUCGAUGAUUGUCGUAUGGAUGUUGUUUAUUUAAAAGCUUUGAUUAGCAUUCGAUUUCUAUCGAUAAUAAUUGUCCAAGAAACCAUUCAUCGAUGUUUGAUAAGAAAUUCUUCCUGGCUUACAUCAAUUUUUCAAUCAACAAAAGUUCUAUUCUAAUCAAUUAAUAUGCAAGAUGCUCCCCCAACACAAAUAUAGGCAGACUCAAAUGAUAGAAAUGAGAAGGAACAAAACUUUAAUUUCCUGGAUCAAAAUUAAUCCUAUAUCUUAUUAUUAUUUUAUAUUCUCUUUUUUUUCGGAAGCAAAUUAUAUAUUUUUAUUAGUUCUCAGUCCAAGAAAUAUUCAUCAGAUGUCUACAGACAUAAUGAAGCUUAGAAUGUGUCUCUUUCUUUCCAAUAUGUAAUACAAUAUGAAGUGAACAAUAAAACGCAAAUUG